AUGGCGGGUUUACCUUUGGUCCGAACAUCCUCUAUGAGCGCAAAGGCAAAAGCCAUCAAAAUCGGCAUCCACUUGGUCAUCAACAUUCUCAGUGUGGCCUUCAGCAGCUUCUGCUAUAAUAUCCUGAUGUCUCCUUACGAGCAGACGUCGACCGGCCCCAUUCGGAGCGCAGAUGUCUCACGAUUGGCGUCCUCGAUUUACAAGUCGGUCGUUUAUACCUCCAUCAAUGCGAAUACCUAUGCCGCCCUGGUUGCAUGA